AUGCUGCAUGUUCUGAAGGAUCCAAAACGUUCUAUGACAACAGCCUCACAAUCAUCACCACGCAACUGCAAGAGGUUGUGUACGCACGCACACACACACACACACACAAGAUACCAUUGCGGUGUCCAAAACUCUCUUGGGCGCACUUGA